AUGUUGUCGGAUACCGAGCCUGUCCUGGUUCCGGGCCCCAUGAUCAAGUGGUUUAGGGCAGGUAUCAGCUACGGACCAAAAAAAUCCAGGUGGUCCAUAGAUAGGCAGUUUCUUAGCUUGAAUCCGAAAUAUCCAGACUCCAUAGACUUCUUAGAGCAACAUUUCUCUCUCUUACCGGGACUUGUCAAGACGUAUGUGGCGAUUGAUAGACUAAACAGCGCAGAGGCAAGCGACUGUUUGACUUCUGUAGAGGUUAUUGAUUAUAUCAUCCAUUUCGACCGUUCUAUGCAAGGCAGAGAUCGUCCGCACGAUACCAUCGAGGCCUGGCGGGAAAAUAUGAAGUAUAUCCAAGAAAAGGCAGAUAUUUUCGCACCUGACGUUACUCAAUGGGAUAAACAUACAAGGGAAAUUGAAACAUUAGCUACUAACGCUAUUGCCGAGAGUAAGAGGGUACUUGAGGAGUACCAUUCGGCAGAAAAGAGAUUACCAAUGGGGGCCGUUUCAGCUCAAGAAGACUACAAGGCAUGGAAUAUACAGCAAGAUCCUCCUCCACAGUCCUCGCAAGUGAGGAAAAGGAGGGGUUAUCGCGAAGAUAGUGCUACCACAAUGGUCCCUUCAACGACUCCAUCAACGCCUCUGCACACCCCUGAACUCUAUAAACGGUCAUCUAAACUUCGAGGCAUGGCACAAUACAUACAGGAGGACCUCACAAUGUGGAGUAUCAAUAUUGUGAUCUAUUUAUUAUGCGCUAUAUUCCAAACCCGCUCCUUCUCUCACCAAACUCCAUCCGACUCCUCUGCCUUCGACUAUUAUAACGCUAUCCAGACGGCGCUUACGCAGCUGCUUUCGGUUCUAAUGACUUACAUCCUCACCUUUCGAAACGCUAGUGACCAUCAUCUUGGCAUGCGUUACCGGCUUUGGUUUGUUCUCGCCUCUAUUCUCCCGGUCGUGGCUCUAAGUAUCUUCAAGUGGUAUUCUGGAACGAGUGUAUUGAUAGCGUUCCUUGGCACCGCUGUAACGGGGAUUUUGCAAGUGCUCUUAGCUGUUGAUAUGAAGAGAGCACACGGCUUGCCUAAUCACGGGGCAACUAAACUCGGUGGGGCAGACUAG